UUUCGCUACCCGGCAUCUGCACGGCAAAUCCUCGGUCGGCGGCAGUCGCGCUUGCUGAAUUUUGUUGUUUGAAGUGUUUUUUUUCUCCGUUUUUGGAAGGUGUGGUGCUGUGGCAAGAGCUUCGAAACUCCAUCCGUCGGCGGGGCAAACGAAGAUUAUAUCGCUCGCUUGCUGGCGUUGGAUGUGCAAAAGUCUCAUAAACCACGAAACCCAAGGUUUUCGAUUCGAUAUCCGGUUUUUGAUCAAGGCCGCACGAUAGUGUGGUGUGGGGAAGAACAACAGAAAAAACAACAAAGUUCUAGUCCAGUUUCCCGAUUUGGAGUCAUGGAAGAAAAGCCGAAAAAGCGUGGACGUCAACCGAGAGGUGCUGCCAAAGAGGCCGCCGUUGAAGCGGAAAAGCAGCAGGAGCAGCUUACGGAACCCGAACAAAUGCCAGCGGAACCGUUGAAGGCUCGUGGUGGUAGCAAACGGAAAGCGAUCGUUCCAGAACCGGCACCGGUGGUGGAAAAGCCAGCACGGAAACCGGCAGCAAAGCGUACAAAGGCGGCCGACGUGGUAGAAGAAAGCAACGUAGUGGAGACAAAUGGUGCGAAAACCAAUGGGGAGGUGAUGGAAAAGGUCGCACCGGCUAAGAAGGGUCGAUCGACGAAAAAGGAAACAGUGCCCGAGCAAGAAGCAUCCAGCAAUGGCACGGUGGAAGAUGGCAAAGCAAAGGGGAAGAAAGCUCCUGCCAAGAGAGAAACGAAGGCGACCAAAGCUUCGAAGACAGUGGAGGAGCCUGCUGCGGUGAAGGAAAUGGUCGAAGAGGAGGAGGCUCCAGCGCCUGCUAAGCGUGGACGAACCAAAGCUAGCACCAAACAGGAGGAGGAGUCGGAAAAGGCUGCUCCAGCGAAGCCAAAGGGACGUGGAAAAGCGAAAGACAAGACGGAUGGCGGUUAUGAUGUCUCCGAAACGAAGCCUGUAGAGCCGGAAGCGUCUUCUGCUGUCAAAUCCACAGCUAAGACCGCUAAACCGACCACAAAGGGUAGAAAGAAAGCAGCGGAGGACACUGCUGCAGUUUCCACCGCACCCGAAACUUCCCCUUCCAAGGCUGUAGAACGGCCAAAGCGGACUCGAAGGGCGAUUAUCCCGCGCGUGGCUGACAACGGAGAGGCUCUGGAAGAUGCCCCCAAAAAGGCAACGAAGAAAAAGGCACCUUCUGAAGAAGCUACGAAUGGAGACAUUCCCACCGUAACGCAACGAAAAAGGGCGAAGCCUCAACCACCUGCAGAUGAAAUGGAAGAAGACGAGGAGGAAGCGGUACCGUCAAAGGGAAAGAAAGCGAAAACGGCAUCGACAGCUCCGAAAACGAACAUAUCUGCCACCAAUUAUGGGAAGUUAAAUUUCGCCCUCGAGGAGGACAAACAGUGGAACUUCAAAAUCUCCAGCUGGAACGUGGCCGGACUGCGCAGCUGGGUUGGCAAGGGCGGGCUCGAGUUUAUCGAGCACGAAAAGCCCGACAUCCUGUGCGUGCAGGAAACGAAGUGCACGGAGGACCAGAUGCCCGACGAGGCACGCCACAUCAAGGGCUACCAUCCGUACUGGCUGUGCAAGCCGGGCGGACACGCGGGCGUUGCGAUCUACUCGAAAAAGAUGCCCUUCCACGUGGCGUACGGGCUGGGCGACGAGGAGCAGGACCAGGACGGGCGGCUGCUGACGGCCGAGUACGAAAAGUUCUACCUGGUGUGCGUGUACGUGCCGAAUGCGGGCAGAAAGCUGGUCACCCUGCCGAAGCGCUUGCGGUGGAACGAAAAGUUCCACCAGUAUUUGCGCGAUCUGGACGCCAAGAAGCCGGUCAUACUGUGCGGCGACAUGAACGUGGCGCACGAGGAGAUCGAUCUGGCCAACCCAAAAACGAACAAGAAGAACGCCGGCUUUACGCCGGAAGAGCGCGAAGGGAUGACGGAGCUGCUGUCGUACGGGUUUGUCGAUACGUUCCGGAAGCUGUAUCCCGACCGGACCGGUGCGUACACGUUCUGGACGUACAUGGGGGGCGCUAGGGCAAAGAAUGUGGGCUGGCGGCUCGAUUACUUCAUCACGUCCGAGCGGUUGGCCGGCAAGGUGACGGAUAAUGUGAUCCGCUCGCAGGUGUUCGGUAGCGAUCACUGUCCCGUGACGUUGUUUUUAAAUAUUUAAAGCGGCAGAAGCGGUUUGUAGGUUUGUUUGUGUUCGAAUAGUAUGCCUUUUUUCGUAUUAGGUUUGUCUGCUGUCGAGAUUGGUGACGCGUAAAUAAUGAAUGUCGUCCCCCGGUUAGACGACGGUGUCGGUCUACGUGGGUGGUUACCGUGA